AUGCAAAUCGCCCUCUUCGGCCCAACCGGCCAAGUCGGGCAAUCCAUCCUACACGCCCUCCUAAGCACGACCCCCUACCAGAUCCUUCAAAUCACAUCCCCAAGAUCCAACACCAGUGCACUCUCCACCGCGCAAACCCUCCCCCUAGAGCAACAAUCCCGUCUGAACACCAAAUCCAUCGACCUCGUCACCUGCACCACCGACGCCCUAAUCCCCCUCCUCACGGACAUCGAAAUCAUCAUCAGCGCACUCAACGGCCCGGCACUCCACUCACAAUCGAAAAUCCAAGACGCGGGGGCGAUUACAGGCGUGAGGCGCUUUUAUCCGAGUGAAUAUGGGAUGCAUCAUGUUUAUCAACCUGCGGAGCAGGGGGAUGGGAAGGGAUGUGGGUGGGGAUAUAUCCAUCCGACAUGGAUGGAAAAAAUCACCGCAACGGAGAAAUGUCUCCACCAUCCAGCUAUCACCUCCGGCUCCAUGACCUACACGAUCAUCGGCAGCGGCGACCUCUACAACCAAGCCAAAGAGGAAACAUGGUGUCCUUGGACCAACCCCACCCUCCCCUCCUACACCAUCUACAUAAUCGGCGACCCCUCUGCAAAGAUCAACUUCACCCACACCGACGACCUCGCCGCCUUCCUCAUCCAAACAAUCCAGCACCCCGAAGUGUCCGAAAACAAGGAAUUGAAUUUCGUGAGUGAUACGGUCUCGUAUAAUGAUAUUGCGGCGUUAUUGGAGAAGUAUUCGGGCAGGGAGGUACAGAAGGUGGUGUAUCCGGGGAGUUUGGUGGAUGAGGUGUUGAGGGAUAGGGGGAUGGUGCCGAGGGAGGUGAAAGCGGAGGGGGGUGCCUUUGGGGAUGAUUUUUGGGUUUUGGUGCGGGGGGUGCAGGGGUUGGGGAGGUUUGUGAGGCCGAGGGGGAUGGUGCAUAAUGGGUUGUUUCCUGUGGUGGAGGGGGUGAGGACUGUGGAGGGGUAUUUUGGGGGGUUGUUUGGGAAGUAA